AUGACCCGCGGGCCUGUCUGCCUCCAUCGUGGAACGGGAGGGAUACAGAUGGCUCAGAAGUGGGCGGCCAGCAGCGCUUAUCGCGCGAGGAGGAGCGGGGGGCCACUUGCUCCGACCCACCGUUAUCUAGGGAGGCGAUCGCCAGCUGUGCGGCAGACAUUGUCGGUGCGCAUGCGAAGAAACGCUGUCGGAACAGAUUCCGAGCCGCAAGCGAGCCCCGACGCUCUAGAGCGCCUGCUGUUGUGGGCAAGGGCGAAUGGGGUGAAGGGUGUGGGGGGAGCAGGCGACAAACUCGCACUGUUCGAGACGGACGACGGUGAUCGCGGCCUCGUUGCCACGGAGGACAUCUCCUAUGGCGAGGUUGUGCUCCAGGUCCCGCUGCGGAUCGCAAUCACGGACCACGACGCGCCAGAGCCCUACGAAGGGGCCCCGUGGAGCGUUCGCCUUGCGUGCAGAAUAUUGCGGGAGCGCGGCGAUCCAUCGUCGCCGUUCAAACCGUACAUCGAUUCCCUGCCCAGUGUGGUUCCCGGACCGGUGACGACGUGGAGCUGGGACGACGUGCAAAGCAUUCAGUACCCGCCAGUGCUGAACGAAAUUUACGAGACCAACUUCCUCAUCAUGGACGCGUUCCGCAACGUAGGAAGCAGCCCCGACCCUGUGCUGUCGUCGAUCGAGUUCGACGAUUUCAUGUGGGCGAUGAGCUGCGUCCACUCGCGAACCUUCGGUCUGCCUGCAAAGACAGGGCCAGGCAUCGGCGUCCGCGUCAUGGUGCCGGUCGUCGACAUGCUCAAUCACGCGGCCGCAGAACUGGACGUUAUGCCGUCUGCGAACUGGCGCGCGAAGGACAACCUGCGCUGGGAGGUCAGGUCGCCCGAGCGGUCCGACAGUGACGAGUGGAUGUUCGUCGUGGAGUGCAUCCGACCCUGUGCUGCACAAGAAGAGAUCUUCCUCAGCUACGGGCAGCGUGCCAGCGACGACUUCCUAGUGCACUACGGAUUCUUCCCUGACAGCAACGCCAACGAAGCGACGCUGCUCUUCGAAAGCCUCGAAGACGCAGUAACGUGGGCAGCGGAGAAUGCGCCGCGGGUCUCUGAGGUCCAGACUGCCGAGGACACACCCGCGCUGCUAUCACGAGCGCGGACAGCCGCUGGCGCGGUCCAGAAGGCUCUUGCCAAGGAAGGCGGCGAUGUUCCCGACAAGAUUGAUCUCCAGACGCGAGCACGAAUGGACUACCGCGCUGUCGUUGCCUUUGCGGCUGCAGUGGACACUUCCUGGGACAUCCGCGUGAAUCCGCAGGAAGACUGGGCGUGGAGCGGCGUGCUCGACGUGCCGCCAGCCGCGCAGGCCGCCGCGUCCGAGCUGGGAGCACUACGGGCGAUCGAAGUCCUUGAGGGCAUGCCAUCGACUUUGGUUGAAGACCUCCAGGUUUUAGCGAAGGCAGAACAAGAACAGGUAGACAAAGGCUCCUGA